AUGAUGGGCCAAUGUUUUGGAACCGAAGAUGGAGGUCUUUUUAGUUUUAGACAAAAGCGAGGUUACGAUCGCUUUACACGGUUCGCUCCGAAAAGCAGAUGGUGAGAAUCUCUGUAAAUUGGUGUUGAUUUUUAAUAUUACAGGUUGAUCUUACAUAGGCUAUGUACGGCAUUGUUCACUUGAAAUUGAAUCCUAAAUACGUAGUCAAAGGUACAAUAAUCAUUUUAAACCCUUUGCAACAGUCGUUUAAAAUAGUUGUUUUAUUCUGUUGCGAAUACGGUAUGUGUUUGGGCGAAUAUUUAAUCCCCUGAGUCUAUACGUCGUGUUGAAAAGAAUUUUUGAAAGGCCUUUUAUCACAUCCUUUGUUUAUAUUAAAAUAAUGAUGUAUUAAUGUCAAGUCUUAGGAAAAAAAUCAGGAAAAAUUAAGGCUUUGAUAUUUGUCUUUUACCCAAAUGAUGUUUUAAUCUUAAAUUGGUGAUACAGUACACUGUAUGUGUUAUAAGAAAUUAAGUGUUUUAAAUUUAAUAUGAUUGAGUAUGCAGCAAUAUACUACCAACAGUCCAGCGUUACUGCUGUUAACUUAUAUGCUGACAACAGUUCAUUGUAUUGAACAGUUGUGGGGUUUGGAGACAGCCAACCGUCAAUGGAACUGACUAAGUGUCAGCCAAUAUGUACCCUGGUCCCAAAGAAGUUUCUGGAAAUUUUCUCAGUGUGAAAAAGAAUGAGCACGCGAAAGCAUGUGCCAAGGGUAAUGACAUUAUUACUAAUGUCAUUUCUGCCAAUCAGCAUUACACGUCGACUUUUUGCGAUGCAGAUAUUUGACGCAGGCUAAAGAAGAGAAAAUCUUUUAUUACCUUGGACUUGAACCUCACUUUCAUGUACACAGCAGGGUAUGGAUUGGUCGAUAUUCUUACAAACAUGCGAAUAAAUUUGAUUGGGUUAUGUAAUUAGAACUGCUGGGGGACAGUGAGCAUAUAUCUCGUUGCAGUUCUUAGGGUAAUUUUUGCCUCUCUCUACAAGCAAGGGAAAUUGUUUGCAAAAUAGUGCAUAGGGAAUUGCACAUGAUGUAUGUUUUACAUACACGUUCAAGAUUUGCUUGUGUUUCUGGAUUCUGUUCCCAAAGGAAUCUUAGAGGAAAUUUUGGCUUUGCUACUUGAGGAGUGAUUGUCUCAGCGUGUAUUCAAAGAAUUAGCCUUGCUUGCAGUCGUAUGGUAAGGUUGUGUUCGCUGUACAGCCAACCAGACAUAUGAAGUCAAUGAUAUUUCAGUUGCUGGCUACCAUCAAAGAGUCUGUCACUUAUACUAAGUGGCCAUGGUGCAAAGUUCUCCUUUUCCUCACUUGAUUCUACAAAUCCUGUAAUAGUCUUUCUGAAUAAUUUUGAUUUCAAUGGGUCUUUUACCUGGACUUUCUUUGGAGCGAACCAUUCCCAUAAAUUACGUGCAUGAGGUGUGUCAAGUGAUUAUAAUAAUAUUGUAAUAUCACUCUUCACCACACAUGGAGAAAACUUUCAAGAAAAACGUCUUGGACCAGGGUGACCGAUAUGUGGGCCGCUUAUCGCUGGAGGAUUGGUCAACUUACCAGCUGAGUCUUGGUCAGCAUACAUACAUACAUACAUACAUAAACUUUAUUUAUCCUCGGAUUUUAGUGUAGCUUACAUAGCUAGUAUCUCCGAUCCUAACUAAUUUUAAAAGUUACAACAUAUAUAAUAUAAUAUUAAUUAAUGUAGUAUUAACUAAAACCGUGCACUAACAAUUUGCGCUUAAAUUCACUAUAAUCUACAGUCUUUCUAAAGUGAUCAGGUAGAGAAUUCCAGUACUUGACAGAUGAAUAGCUAAAGGAAUUUAGACCAUAUGUGGUUCUAGACGGCUUAGGAAGUGAUAAAAUAUUAGUACCCCGUAGGGAGUAAGCAGUAGAUCUUAACUUGAUCAGUUGUUUUAAAUAGCACAGAUAUUUACCAAAAUGGAGACAGUUGAAUAUACAAAUCAUCAUAUUUUGUAUCCUCCUGUUGGCUAAACCACGCACACCAGCCUUGUCUACAAGAGCAUCAUAGUUCAAGUCCCAGUCCUUUAAAACAAAUCUUAAAAUACGUCUAUUUAAGGGGUCCAGUUUGACAGAAUCUUCUGAAUUACAAAAGUUCCAUAUCAUUGAACAGUAGUGAAAAUGGGGUAAGAGAAACGCUUUAUAAAUGCGAAGCAUAAUUUCAGAUGAGAUAAGUUUGCCAAAUCUUUUGAAGACACUGAACUGAUUAUUUAUUUUUUUGCAUACAGAGGAUAUGUGAUCCUUGAAAUUAAGUUCAUUGUCUAGAGAUAUUCCAAAAAGAUCCAGGCAUCUUGUGGUUAAAAAGGAGAAAGGGUAAUCGGUUUUGCCAAGAACCAUCCCUUGAUGUUUAGCAGGGUUUGCUUUCAUCCCAUUGUCUUCGAACCAUUUAUUUGCUAUUUGUACAUCAUGAUUGAUCCACCGUUCCAAGGCCACUGGGUCUACAUCAGAUGAGUGCAGUUGGCAGUCAUCGGCAUAAGAGUUUAAUUUUACAGACUUAAUGUGAAAGAUGAGGUCGUUGAGGAACAUGUUGAAAAACAUGGGCCCCAGGACGCUGCCUUGAGGCACGCCCUGCUUCACACUCAUCCAAUCCGAAUAAGUAUCACCAAUUUUCACUCGCUGCCUUCUAUCCGUCAAGUAGUCACCGAUAAGGGCGCAGCUGGAUUCGUGCAAGCCAUAUGCUUUCAGUUUUGCUAAUAGCAAAGCAUGAGGUAUGGUGUCGAAAGCCUUUGACAAAUCCAUUGAUAUAACCGCCACGAUCUCUUUAUUGUCUAGACUGCGCCUCCAGUCCUCAGUCAGCCUAAGUAAAGAUGUCUCACAGCUAUGGUGCCUCCUGUAGGCAGAUAUGUGCAUGUUGAGUAUUGGCUGAUAUCAGGAUUCUCCAGAAGAAAGAUUAAAAUAGUAGACGAAAAAUGUUAAGAAGACAGCAACUGAUUAGAUAGAAAAGCAUGUCUUUUCACAUAUGGCACAGCUGUGCCCUGACCCCUUCCUCCCAUCUGGACAGGACUUUCUGUCAAGCCCUGUGUAUGCCCUCAAGCACCCAAAAUUUUCUUCAGAGCUGCAAGUAGAAGUUGGCCACUAGUUAUCAUCUGACCAAAAACUGACUGUCAAAUAAAUUCCUUUUUGUGCUUGGAUAAAAUAUUCUGACUGUCCACAUGACCUUAGAUCUUCAGACAGUAUUUUACUUUCUAUGCCAGCUGUUCGAUUGAAGACGUUAGGUGAUAGAGCUUUUAUGGUAGCAGCGCCAAGGCUCUGGAACUCUCUUCCAAAAGAACUUUGUGCGAUUACUAAUGUUCACGAACAGUUUUAAGGCGCAUAUUUAGACUUAUCUUUUUGAAACUUUAUAUUGGUGAGCACUUUUAUAUUCAGUUCUUACUUGCAUGCAUAUAUAUUCUUUUUAUUUUAUAUUUUAUAAUGCAUUAUCUUUUAUUUGUUUCUUGUAAAGUAAUACAGUUGUAAUGCGCAGCUGAUCAUUCUCAUGUUAAGCUGCGCACAAUAAGUUCAUAAAUUAUUAAUUAUUAUUAUGAUGUAUGUAUGUACCACAACUUUUCUUGUUUGUCCCUUGACUAGAAUGGAGACCUGGUCAGACUAUUUUUUGCAGGCCUUUUCUUCUUUCUUGUUUAAUUGAGCCUUGACAACUGUAACAAAAUUCUCAAAUCUGAAUUUUGGCUAUCUACAUUGCAUCAGCUGUCCUGAUUUCAGCAUACAUAUAUUAGGACAGUGUGUGUCAUGCCUGAGUUAUUAUACAGUAAACACCAAUAUGGCACAUGCACUUCAAUGGUAUUUUUCACUUCUAGCCAAUUAAAUGUCUCGGAAUAUCUUGUGUUUUAACUUUCAAAAACCUUCAAUAUUACAAAUUUUGAUUUAGUUGUGGUUAGCUCAGUUGGGAGAGCGCCAGUCUGCUGGGAGGUCGCAGUCUGCUGGGAGGUCGCGGGUUCAAACCCCGGCCGGACAAACACUCAAGGUCUUUAAAUAACUGAGAAGAAAGUGCUUCCUUUGUAAUGACAUCUGCAAAUGGUGAGACUUUCUUGUCUUCUCGGAUAAGGACGAAAAACCGUAGGUCCUGUCUCACAGCACUUUCACUGAUCUGUUCUUGUGGGACGUAGAAGAACCCACACAACUGUUCGAAAAGAGUAGGGGACGUAGACCCUGGUUUUGUGGCCAACCUUUACGGGUUAAGGGAUUGGGUAGGGAUGGCACCUUGUAUGAGACCUAUGAGUCCCGUUCGUGCCUAUUACCUCUGGACAGGCCUGUGUCCAGAAAAGCUUGUAAAACUAAUAUUGGUAACAGAACUUUGUCCAAUUCAGUCUGCAAUCAUACACGUGAUUAAACAAGUUGGACUUUUGCUACAUGUAUGCCUGAGCCAUCUGAUUUUCCUAAAUCAAUCGACGUAUAAUUGAUUAUACUAUGAUUACAGGCUGAAUUGGACACCAUUCCAUUCUGUAACCAUUACUAAUUUGCAUUGUAUUUUCUUUGUGAAUUAUUGAUUAUUAUAUAAACAUUCUACAUGACAUGCACUUUUAUUUCAGGAGAUAUGCAGAUGAACACUUGUUAACUGAGAUACAAGAUCCACGCUCUGAUGAAGAACUUGAUUUAUCAGGUUUGGAUGCUACAUGUAACUUUUGCCUCCAAAAUUCAAAGUUGUCAUAGCAGGCAACAAGAGGAGCCCGUAAUCCUAAUCUCCAGGUUGCUAUUAUGCAUGUGCAACAUAUACAGCUAUUUCGAGAAAGGUUGUCGGAAAAAGUGCACGUGACAAGCCCGAAAGGUAUUGUCAGUGGUUUUGAAUUCACUGUUCUUCAAAGAAAUUUGAAAGAAUGGCACGAGAGACCACAGACAUAUGUUUGCGGUUGCUAAAGGAAAGCAACAAACGUAUGUUUGACAGCUACAUUGUCAGGAACGGCGUCAAUCAUAUCCCAUAUUACCUUUCAGGGUUGUUGCGUGCACAUUUUUACCGACAACCUUUCUUGAAAUAGCUGUAUGUAGCCAGCUUCCUUUGGACUUCUGUAAAGAAUGAAUGGAAUUCACAGAAUGCAAUCUGAUCAUGCACAUUUGCACCGUUUAUCACUCGUGAUCUGACCAUGCUUGUUUUCACCAUCUACACAAAUGUAUCUCGUGAAACUUACACAAACCUUAGCGCUAGAGCUACCCUGCAAGCAGAGUCUCCUUCGAUCUUCCUAGAUAAGUCGGGGAAGAUCGAAGGAGACUCUGCUCGCAGGGUACGCUAGAGCAAAAUUGACCUUUGAUCAUUGUUGCCCCAGUCCAUAACCUUCAGUUAUAACUAGUUGCAACGGUUAAAAAAAGUUUCAUUAUUACCUUUUUUUCAGACGUUAGUCGUCCAACUGACCAUCAAAGGCAAAAUUUGCACCCCUCAUACUCAUCAAAUAGCACCACAGGAUUCAAACAAGAAAGGUAA